AUGAAAAACUUAGUUGAAGAUGAACUUGUUGUAGAUUUAACAGAUAAUAACAAUGCAUUGGUCAGUAUAAAGGAUGAUAAUAAUGCAUUGAUUAAUGCAAAAGAUGAUAAUAAUGUAUUGGUCGGUACAAAGGGUAAUAAUAAUGCAUUAGUUAGUACAAAGGAUAAUAAUAAUACAUUUGCUGAUGUAAGAGAUGAUUCAUCAGCUAGUAUAAAAGACGAUGAUUUAUUAGCUAAAGGUGAUUCAGAAACAGGCAUUUUAAAUAAUUGGGAUGUUGAAAUAAAUAGUUUGAAUUUGAUGGAAAUAUCAUGUCAAGAAUUAGAAGAAAGUGUAGAUAAUGAUAUUCAAAACAAUAAUGAUUGUGAUUUUAAUCAAAAAUUACAAAAAUUAGAACAAAUUAUUUUGAAUAAUAAUAAAAAGCAAAAUGUAUAUGAUUACCUAAGAUACCAAUAUAUACAUGCAUAUUUUACAUAUUGGAAAAAAGAUGGAUUAACACAGAUGAAGGCAAGUGAGAAAGUAUUGGAGGAAAUUUAUAGUAAAGGAAUUUAUAGAUCUAGAGUAAUUUGUAAAUUAGGUGAUUAUUGGAUUAAAUAUAAUACAUUACCUAUUUCAUUACAAGGUCAUCAUCAAAAAAUAAAAUCAUUUAUUGAUGAUGAGGAUAUUAUUAAUUAUAGUUUGAUAUAUAUUCAUUUCAAUAGCAGAAGAAUAAUACCACAACAGUAUAGAGAAUUUAUAAUAUCAAAACUUUUUCCUCAAAUGGGUAUUAUAAGGUCAAUAUUAAUAAAAACAGCAAGAAUAUGGCUUCAUAAGUUGGUUUAA